AUGAACCGUUGGGCUGCUAAUUUGGACCAUUGGGCAACGGUUGCAAGUUGGGGUGCAUACCUUUUCAAAAAGAAUGUUCUAACGAUGUCCUUCGCGCCUAGAGACUCGCAUGAAGCUCAAGUUCAAUUUGCUUUGGAAAGAGGUGUUCCAGCAGUUAUUGGUGUUCUUGGAACCAUAAAAUUGCCAUAUCCAUCUAGAGCUUUUGAUAUGGCGCAUUGUUCACGUUGUUUGAUUCCUUGGGGUGCAAAUGAUGGACUGUACAUGAUGGAGGUUGACCGAGUGCUCAGACCAGGGGGCUACUGGGUACUUUCAGGUCCUCCAAUCAACUGGCGGAUUAAUUAUCAAGCAUGGCAACGUCCCAAAGAAGAGCUGGAGGAAGAACAGAGAAAGAUUGAAGAAAUGGCUGAACUUCUCUGCUGGGAAAAGAAGCAUGAGAAAGGUGAGAUUGCCAUGUGGAGAAAAAGAGUAAACAAUGAGUAUUGCAGGGAACGAGAUUCUCAUGUAACUUUAUGCGAAUCCUCAAAUGCAGAAAAUGUCUGGUAUAAGAAGAUGGAGGCAUGUGUAACUCCUUAUCCUGAGACAACUAAUUCAGACGAAGUUGCUGGUGGGGAACUUAAGCCGUUUCCAGAUAGACUUAAUACUGUUCCUCCGAGAAUAGCAAGUGGAUCUGUCGCUGGAUUAUCUGUUGAGUCAUUCAAGGAGGACAGCAAGUUAUGGAAAAAGCACGUGAAUUCUUAUAAGAGAGUUAAUAAAAUCCUCGACAAUGGGAGGUAUCGAAAUAUAAUGGAUAUGAAUGCUGGCCUUGGAAGUUUUGCUGCAGCACUUGAAUCACCCAAGUUAUGGGUCAUGAAUGUUGUGCCAACGAUAGCUGAACAAGACACUCUUGGAGUUGUAUAUGAACGAGGCUUGAUUGGAAUAUAUCACGACUGGUGUGAAGCCUUCUCGACGUAUCCUCGGACCUAUGACCUUAUUCAUGCAAACGGAGUUUUCAGCUUAUACAAAGACAAAUGUAAUGCUGAAGACAUUCUACUUGAGAUGGAUAGGAUUCUUAGACCAGAAGGUGCAGUCAUAUUGCGAGACAAUGUAGAUGUCCUCACCCAAGUGAAAAGAAUCGCGACCAGUAUGAGGUGGAACACAAAAAUGGUGGAUCACGAGGAUGGUCCUUUGAUCACUGAAAAGGUUCUAUUUGCUGUCAAAAGAUAUUGGGUCGUAGGUGAUAAUAGCUCAUCUGUCUUGGAUUGAAUA